GCGACAGUGUUCAUUAUGGAGUUGUGAUGAUGCGUUUUAGAGAUAUUUUAAUAGUUUAAAUAACAGAUUUGGCUUUGAAAGAAAUUGUGAUUAAUAUUAGUUGUUGUAAUAUUGUAAACAUCAAUGACCACAGAAGUGGUAAAUUGCAUUUUCUGCAAAAUUAUUCGAAAUGAAGAACCUGGUGAGAAAAUUUACGAGGACGAUGAUGUCACAUGCAUUAAAGACAUUAAGCCAGCAUCAACACAUCAUUAUUUAAUAAUUCCAAACAAACAUAUUCGUAAUGCAAAAGUACUAAAGCCAGAAGAUUCUGAACUUUUUGAUAAAAUUGUUGCUACAGUAAAUGUAGUCUCAGAAAAAAUGGGACUAGAUCCUGCAUCUACUCGAACAGGAUUCCACUGGCCACCAUUUAAUACUGUUGAUCAUUUGCAUCUACAUGUUAUUUCUCCAGUAGAGCAAAUGAAUAUUAUGAAAAAGAUAAUGUUUAAUCCUAAUUCUUACUGGUUUGUAGGUACGGACUAUGUGAAAUCUCGCCUAGAAGAUUAUAAAUAAUGGUUAUUUAAUUUAUUUCUCUUUUAAUAACAAAGAUGGCAGUUUCAUCCAAUCUGCGACAUGAAGCAUUUGAUAUAAUGCUUGGUUGAAUAUCCGGGAAGUGUAGGCAGUUUAUAAGAGGCAUUUUCAACAAGUACAGGAUCCACAAAGUGUUCAUGCUGUUGAUCUACAAACUCUAUCGCACAAUCCUCGACGCACGAAGAUAGGCAAAUGUAAGCCCACAUUUGAAGAUGCUGUACCAUCUCACAAAGGCCCACUCCACCAGCAUGUGGCCAAACUGGUGCUGUAAACGAAAAAAAGUCUCUGUGAAGUUUUUUUUCAUAAUAAGUGAAAAUUAAAUUCACGUGAGUUAAUCAAUCCGAAAUAUUAAAAUCUAAAGACUAGCGAGAGAAUUGUUAGUGGUUGUUAAACUUACUUUUAGUCUUUUCUGCCAUAAAAUAUACAGAUAAAAUUUCA